AUGGGUGUCCAGAUCUUUGCAAUUGGAAGCAGGAGGUCUGACAGAGGAGAACUGCAGACAAUAUCCCACGAUCCCAGUAAUGCUCUUUUCGUGUCUGAAUCACCUGAUCUACCAACCGUUCAGCAGCAACUUCAGUCCUCAGUGGAGGCUGUGGUUACCCCGCCAGAAUCACCAACUGUACCUGUUGACACUGUCAAAAAGGAUAUCGUGUUCCUUCUGGAUGGUUCUGAUGGCACAAGGAGAGGCUUCCCUGCCAUGCGUGAUUUUGUUGAGAAAGCUGUAGAGAAACUCAAUGUGGGGCAAAACAAAGACCGUGUCUCUGUGGUCCAGUACAGCAGAGAUCCAGCUGUCCAGUUCUAUCUGAACACAUAUGCCACAAAAGAGGAUAUUGUGGAUUCGGUCAGAGGGCUGAAACACAGAGGAGGCACACCCCUCAACACUGGAGCAGCACUCCAGUACUUGAGGGAUAAUGUCUUCACAGCCUCUGCCGGAAGCAGGCGCCAGGAAGGAGUUCCACAGGUUCUCGUACUGCUAAGUGGUGGAAGAUCUUUUGACAGAGUUAAUGAACCAGCCUCUGCUCUCAAACAAAUGGGUGUCCAGAUCUUUGCAAUUGGAAGCAGGAUGUCUGACAGAGGAGAACUGCAGACAAUAUCCCAUGAUCCUAGUAAUGCUCUGUUUGUGUCUGAAUUCACCGACCUUCCAACUGUACAAGAACAGCUCUCUUCUGUAAUGGGUAGAGUGCUGGUGAGGGCUACGCCCAUGACACCAACAGUAACUGUGGAGAGAAAACCAACUGGAAAGGAUGUUGUGUUCUUGUUGGAUGGAUCUGAAGACACUAGAAGUGCAUUCCGAGCUAUGCGAGACUUUGUCCAAAGAGUAGUAGAGGCACUCAGUGUGGAUGACAACAAAGACCGUGUCUCAGUGGUUCAGUACAGCAGAGAUCCAGCUGUCCAGUUCUAUCUGAACACGUACACAACAAAAGGCGAGAUCCUUGACACUGUCAGAGGUUUAAGUCACAAAGGCGGAAGACCCCUCAACACUGGAGCAGCACUCCAGUACUUGAGGGAUAAUGUCUUCACAGCCUCUGCCGGAAGCAGGCGCCAGGAAGGAGUUCCACAGGUUCUGGUACUGCUAAGUGGUGGAAGAUCUUUUGACAGAGUUAAUGAACCAGCCUCUGCUCUCAAACAAAUGGGUGUCCAGAUCUUUGCAAUUGGAAGCAGGAGGUCUGACAGAGGAGAACUGCAGACAAUAUCCCACGAUCCCAGUAAUGCUCUUUUCGUGUCUGAAUUCACUGAUCUACCAACUGUUCAGCAGCAACUUCAGUCCUCAGUGGAGGCUGUGGUUACCGACAUCACGCCAGAAUCACCAACUGUACCUGUUGAUACUGUCAAAAAGGAUAUCGUGUUCCUUCUGGAUGGUUCUGAUGGCACAAGGAGAGGCUUCCCUGCCAUGCGUGAUUUUGUUGAGAGAGCUGUAGAGAAACUCAAUGUGGGGCAAAACAAAGACCGUGUCUCUGUGGUCCAGUACAGCAGAGAUCCAGCUGUCCAGUUCUAUCUGAACACAUAUGCCACAAAAGAGGAUAUUGUGGAUUCGGUCAGAGGGCUGAAACACAGAGGAGGCACACCCCUCAACACUGGAGCAGCACUCCAGUACUUGAGGGAUAAUGUCUUCACAGCCUCUGCAGGAAGCAGGCGCCAGGAAGGAGUUCCACAGGUUCUUGUGCUGCUAAGUGGUGGAAGAUCUUUUGACAGAGUUAAUGAACCAGCCUCUGCUCUUAAACAAAUGGGUGUCCAGAUCUUUACAAUUGGAAGCAGGAGGUCUGACAGAGGAGAACUGCAGACAAUAUCCCAUGAUCCCAGUAAUGCUCUAUUUGUGUCUGAAUUCACUGAUUUACCAACUGUUCAGCAGCAACUUGAGUCCUCUGUGGAGGCUGUUGUUAUUGCUGUCACCCCAGAAUCAACAACUGUCCCUGCUGAGUCACAGGGCCCCCGGAAAGAUAUCAUUUUCCUCGUUGAUGGAUCUGAUGGUGUCGGACGGGAAUUUCCUAUCAUCCAGGAGUUUAUCCGCAGGGUUGUGGACAGUCUCAAUGUGGGCGAGAAUAAGAUAAGGAUUGGAGUGGUCCAGUAUGGUGACUCUGCCCAGGCUGACAUGUAUCUGAAUACACAUACAACCAAAGAAGGUGUUUUGAAUGCUCUCAGGGUAAUGAGGCAACGAGGAGGAAGACAGCGUAACCUGGGUCAGGCCUUGCAGUUUGUUAGUCAGGAUGUUCUGACAGCAGCUCGUGGUAGCAGAAAGCAAGAGGGGGUACCGCAGUUUGUAAUUGUUGUCUCCAGUGGGUCUUCAACAGAUGAUAUCAGUCCUGCAGCCUCUUCUCUCAAACGAUCUAGAGUUCUUCCCUUCAGCAUUGGGACCAGGGACAUUAAUCCCACAGAGCUCCAGGUGGUUUCAUAUGUGCCUAAAUUUGCAUACACUGUAGAUGACCUCCCUGGCCUGUACACAGUCCAAGAAAACCUAAUCACCACUCUCACUGAGUUGUCAGAUGAUGACAUCGCCAGGAUGCAACCAGUAUACCCAACCUAUGAAGUAAUGCCAGCACCAGCUGCAGAAGGAGAGAAGAGAGAUGUCGUAUUUUUAAUUGAUGGCACAACAGCAGUGCGAAGUGAAUUCCCCUCCAUCCGUGAAAUGAUAAGAAGAGUUGUGGAGAAGCUGGAUGUAGGAAUGGAUAAGGUCAGAGUUUCCGUGGUGCAGUACAGUGAUGAUGCAAAGGUAGAAUUUCUCCUGAAUGAACACUCCACCAAAGAUGAGGUUCGCCAGGCUGUGUCAAAACUUCGAAGCAGAGGUGGCAGCCGUCUAAACACAGGUCGCGCUCUUGAGUGGGUCUCCAAAAACAUCUACCACAGGUCAGCAGGAAGCCGCAUUGAAGAUGGUGUGCCUCAGUUCCUCAUCCUAGUUACUGGUGGCAAGUCUACAGAUGAUGUAUCCACUGCAGCUGACCAACUUAAGAGAAACCAUGUUGCACCUCUUGCCAUCGGCUCAAGGAAUGCAGACGUUGAUGAACUGAGACAAAUUUCCCUGAAGCCCGAACUUACAUAUACAGUUGACAGUUUCCAUCAGCUUCAAAAUGUGGAGCCACAGCUAAUUAAUUCAGUCAAAACAAUAUCCACUUCUGAUAUCAUUGCAAGUUAUGUUCCUCCCUCAGUGGACAUAGAAAACCUAAAUCUUGGGAAAAAAGACAUUAUCUUCCUUAUUGAUAGCUCAGAAAAUACAGGUGCUGCUGGCCUUGCUCAUAUCCGUGAUUUCAUCCUCAACAUUGUCAAACAACUUGACGUGCAUCCUGAUCAAGUGCGUGUGGCUGUUGUUCAGUAUGCAGACAGAGUUAAAACAGAGUUCUCACUCAACAGACACAGAGACAAGGCAUCUGUUCUCUCUAAUAUUAAAAGACUCCGCCAGAUGGGUGGCCGGUCAUCAGAUCUGGCUGAUGCAAUUCAGUAUGUCAUGGAUAAUGAGUUAAAACCCUCUGCUGGUGUUCGUCCGACUGAGGCCUCCCAGCAUCUUGUAGUUCUCACAGGUGGACGUUCCUCCCAAGAUGUGUCUCUCUAUGGACCUCUGCUUAAGAAUUCCCGGGUCAACUGUAUUGGUGUUGGAGCUGGUCCUAACACAAAGCAGCUAACCCAAAUUACCACCACCCCAGAAGAUUUCCUUCAGGUUCACACAUUACCUGGCCUGCCAACAAUCAACGAGAGGUUUAUUGCUAGGUUGAGUGGGGACAUCCCAGAAGGCCCAGACAUUGAGGAACCUACAGGUCUGCCUCCACCCAAAAAGGCUGAUAUAGUAUUUUUAGUUGAUGGCUCCAUUAACUUAGGCAGGCAGAACUUCAAAGAAGUGAUGCUGUUUAUUUCCAACCUCAUUGAUCUGUUCUUCACUGAGAGAGACAACCUGCGGAUUGGCCUGGCACAUUAUGCUGCAGAUGUGACUGAUGCCUUCUACCUCAACACGUACAAGGACAGACAAGAUAUUAUGGAUGCUAUAGACCAAGUAGAGUACAAAGGUGGAAAUAAAAUCAACACUGGUGCAGCUAUUCGCUACAUUCAAAAUGUUUACUUUACCAAAGAAAAAGGCAGUAGGGCAGAUGAGGGCACACCUCAGAUCCUGAUGGUUAUAAAUGGAGGAAGCUCCGCUGAUGACAGCAAAACAGCAGUCCUUGGUCUGAAGCAAAGGGGUGUGAGAGUCUUUGCUAUAGGAGUAGGCAACACUGAGUUGACAGAGUUAGAAAGCCUAGCAAGCGAGUCCACCACUGUGGCCCGAGCACUAACCAUUCAGCAACUUUCUGACCUCAAUGAGCAAAUCCUGGAGACUUUGGAUGACGAAGUGAAGGGAAAGCUGUGUGUUGGUGUGCCAGAUACUCCAAAAAGUUGCAACAUUGAGGUGUUGGUGGGCUUUGAUGUUUCUGCCCAGAAUAUCUUCAGUGCUCAGACCAACCUUCAGAACAAGAUGGGUGCCAUUCUGCAGAGAAUUUCCAAAAUGGCAGCUAUCAGUUGUUCAUCUGGGGAAAUUCCCUCUGUGCAAGUGGGCAUGCUGGCUAUGGACUCUGCCUCUGAACCUGUCCAGUUGGACUUCACAAAUAAUGCUGAUGAGCUCUUUGAAGGCUUCAAAGCCCUGCGAAGUCGUGGCCCAUUUGUCCUUAAUGGCAAGACCAUUUCAGCUUACACCAAUAGGUUCAGAUCCAGACACGACAAUGUUAUCAAGGUUGUCAUUCAUCUGACUGAUGGUGUUGACGCCCCAUAUGCUGAAAUGAAAAGGCGAGUUGAUGAACUGCGGGAGUCAGGAGUGAACAGUUUCAUCUUGGUCGGGCUUGAGCGGGUGCCCAGAUUUGAGGAGGCUUUGCAACUGGAAUUUGGUCGUGGCUUCAAGUACACCAGACCCUUACGAGUCAAUAUCAUGGACUUGGACUAUGAGCUAAUGGAAGAACUGGACAAUAUUGCAGAAAGGGAGUGCUGUGGAGUACCAUGCAAAUGUACUGGUGCCAGGGGAGACCGCGGAGCAGUUGGACUUCCAGGGCCAAAGGGUGGUCCAGGAUUAUCAGGAAGUCAGGGACAUCCUGGAGAUGAGGGUGGUCCUGGGGAGAGAGGUCCUCCUGGUGUUAAUGGAACUCAGGGUUUCCAGGGAUGUCCAGGACCAAGAGGUGUCAAGGGUGGUCGUGGGUAUUCAGGAGAAAAGGGAGAAUUUGGAGAAAUUGGGCUUGAUGGAAUCAAUGGAGAAGAGGGCAAAAGUGGUGUGGCUGGACCCCCAGGAGGCAGAGGACAGCCUGGCAGAGAAGGCCCCAAAGGCAUCAAAGGACAAGCUGGAGACAGAGGAGAAAUUGGAAUCAGAGGAGACCCAGGCACAACUGGAAAAGAUAACAACCGUGCAGGACCUAAAGGAGACCCUGGUGAUGCUGGACCAGUGGGAGACCCGGGUGAGGAAGGAAAGAAGGGAACCCCUGGUGAAGUUGGAAGACCGGGAAAUAAUGGCAGAAGGGGCCCACCUGGACAGGCUGGAACUCCUGGAAAGCCAGGGGCUGAUGGUGUUCUAGGAGAACCUGGUAUUGGAGGAUCUAGAGGCCCAUCUGGACCGAAUGGCGCACCAGGACCCAGAGGAGAAGAUGGGAACCCUGGACCGAGGGGUCCCGGAGGUGACCCAGGUCCCGCUGGAGAAAAGGGCAGAAGAGGAGCUCUUGGUCGCAAGGGAGAGCCAGGACAGCCAGGACCUAAGGGUGGUAUUGGACCCCUUGGCCCCCGUGGAGAGUCUGGUGAAGAUGGUAGAGAUGGAUUUGGCAUCCCAGGGCCUAGAGGAAGAAAGGGUGAUGAAGGCUUCCCGGGAUACCCAGGACCAAAGGGAGCUGCUGGUGAUCAUGGCACUAAGGGCGGACCUGGACCCACAGGAAAUCGUGGACAGAGGGGUGUCUCUGGGGGUAUUGGUUCAGGAGGACAGAAGGGAGAAGUUGGAUAUCCUGGGCCAUAUGGCCAGAAAGGACCGAGAGGACCAGGUGUUGUGCAAUGUGACCUGGUCAAGAAAAUCAGGGACAACUGUCCUUGCUGUUAUGGUCAACAGGAAUGCCCACUCUACCCCACUGAGCUGGCCUUCGCCUUGGAUGUCUCUAUGGCCAAUGGUCGUCCAACCUUCAACAAUAUGCGUGACACAGUCCUGCGCCUACUUAGAGACAUCACCAUCACUGAGAGUAACUGUCCAAGAGGAGCUCGUGUUGCUUUGACCCUGUACAAUGAUGAAGUGACGACUGAGAUCCGAUUCGCUGAUGCAAUGAAAAAACGUGCCCUGCUGCAGCACAUUGAGGGACUGCAGACACUACAGACCAGGAAGCAGCGCAACUUGGAAUUGGCCAUGAGCUUUGUGGCCCAGAACACCUUCAAGAGAGUGCGCAGUGGUUUCCUCAUGAGGAAGGUGGCCAUCUUCUUUGUCGGUGGGCCAAUCAGUCAGGCAAGAACACUAACUAAUGCAGCUCUUCGCCUUCAUGAUGCUGGAAUUGCCACUCUGUUCUUAGUCAACCGUGAGGACAGUGCACUCAGCAGAGCACUGCAGGUCAACAACACAGCACUGGCCCAGGUGAUUGUCCUUCCCAGCCCUGGAAGUUCACAGUACAAUUCAGUCAUCCAAAAGAUUAUGAACUGCCAUGUCUGCCUAGACAUCUGCUCUCCAGACCAAAUGUGUGACUAUGUGCCCCCAUCAACCGGCCGAGAUAGAAGGUCUUCUACCACAGAUGUGGACAUCGACAUGGCUUUCGUCAUGGACAGCUCUGAGUCUACCUACCCAGUAUUCUUCACAGAAAUUAAACGCUAUAUAGCGCACAUAGUGGAGCAGCUAGAAGUGUCUUCAAAUCCCACAACAUCAGUUCACCACGCCAGAGUCUCUGUGAUCCAGCAAGCACCUUAUGAGUUCUUCCAGAACAAAAGUGUCUCUCCUCUCCAUGUGGAUAUUGGUUUGACUGAGCACCACUCAGCUCAGGAUAUUGUCAAAUUUCUGCUGGAGAAGACACCGCAGUUAGAGGGCGGCCGGGCACUGGCAGCGGCUAUUGAAUCAACAGUAGAGCAGGUGUUUGAGAAGGCUCCUCUCCAACGUGACAGGAAAGUACUCGUGCUCUUUGUGACAGGAAGUGUGGAAGAAGAAGCGGAGCAGCUGAUGCGUAUUGCCACUGAGGUCAAGUGCAGAGGGUACUUCCUGGUCAUCCUGGGUGUGGGUGAGAAGCUGACUGGUGGAGAUGCUCGUCUCUUGUCACGCAUGGCAAGUGAGCCAGCAGAUGUCUUCUUCAAGCAGCUGAACACCAUCUCCCACUUCUACGACAAACACAUCCAGACCUUUGGACAGCUGAUGCCCAAGUAUAUCAGCAUUGAAAAUGCUUUCUACAUGUCCCCUGAAGUCUCCAAAAACUGUAAGUGGUUUCAGAGUGACCAGCCCCUAAAAAACCCCUUCACAUCAUCACAGCGUCAGGAGAAACAUCAGAAACUUCAUGAAAAUCACCAAACAGUUCAUCAAAGAAAGCACAAAGUUGCAGAAGACCUUCAAAUCACUAAUGUCACAUCCAGCAGCUUGAAAUUGCGCUGGGGCAGCCCAAACCCCAAGCUCUUUGUCUACUUUGAGGUAGUGGUGACACGGUUGCACGACCAUACCCUGGUGCUGAAGACCAACGUGUCGGGCACAGAGCUCUCCGUGGACAACUUAGAGAGUCAUCAGACAUAUCAUGUUGUGGUCACUGCCUACACUGCAGAGGGACAAAUUGUCUCCACCCGCAAAGGCGUCAUGACUACCAAAGCAGCAGAGCCUAAGCCAGUGCAUGAGCCAACCAGCCAAGUCACCAGUACUGUAAACACCACACCACUGGACAAACCAGAAACUGUUAAUGAAUUUGCAGACCCAUGCUCACUUGACUUUGACCCUGGAAUGCCAUGCAAAGACUAUCAGGCUAAGUGGUUCUUUGACAGAAAGAACGGGAUCUGUACACAGUUCUGGUAUGGAGGUUGUGGAGGCAAUGAAAAUAGGUUCAACACUGAGGCCCUCUGCUUGAAAAACUGCAUGAGGUCAGAACCAGAGCCUCAGCCACAAGUGCAGCAAGUUGAACAGGUGGAGAUCGUCCCAGCUCCUGCGGCUUCUACAGCCGUGGAUAUCUGCCAGCUUCCCAAAGAAGAAGGUACAUGUGCCAAAUUUGUCCUCAAGUGGCACUUUGAUGCCCCCAGCAAGAGCUGCAUACGCUUCUGGUAUGGAGGCUGCGGUGGCAACCAGAAUCGCUUUGACACGCAUGAGCAGUGUGUGAAGGCUUGUGGAAAACCAGCACCUGUCAAACAAGGAGUCAUCGCUGCAAUAAGAACAUAGGACAAAAGUGACACACAUGGCCAGCUUUCACUUCUGUUUAUGUAAUUGUGAGAAGAACCAUCUAAAAUGACGGUAUACUGUCAGGAUUUAAUACCAAAGCAAUGGUGGCUGCACUGGAUUCCACAAAAAUGGAUUUUAUCCCCCAAAUUCUUGAAGUAGUCUUUUUCACAACAAGACGGAAGGCAACACGAUUUGCUGCAUGAUUUGUUUUAACCUACUGGUGCUACAUAGUAUGUUUAUUUUACAGAUGAGAUGUUUGGUGCAUUCAUUCAAGUUUUCUGGAACAAUGACAUCAUCCAAGUUUCCUUUUUUUUUAAAUGCAGUUUUAUAAUUAAGCAAGAAACAUAUAUGAAUAUCUUGGACAGAGAUUACCAAUGAAUCAGUACAUGCAGGUCUGGCAUUACUCAAUGCAGUUAUCUUUUAUAUUGUGUUUUUUUUUGUUUUGUUUUGUUUUUUACAUUCCACAUUCACAUAGCAACAUUGGCUUUUAUUGAUUUAUAUAGUUUUCACUUGAUCCCUGUGGAAUCAUUUCUCUCACUCGUAUACAGUCACAGAGUCCACAGCAAUGUUUACACAAGUCUUAUAUGGCGGUGUGUGUAUUUAAAUGUCAGUGACCAACUGCUCGAAUGCUAAAACGUUAAUGUAAUGUUAAGUGCACUUCUGGAUCCGCUGCCUCAAACACACACGCGUUCCAGCUUUUGAAAAAUGGAAUGUACUUGUCAAGCUGUUUUUUGUUUUUGUUUCAUUUGGUUUUACUGACAUUUGUGUUUCAUCUGGGUAUAGGGGAAAUAAAAAUGAAUUAGACUUUCUAAUAAACAUGAGCAACUGA